CACAGAAGUUCAAGGCUGGAAGAGACCUAUAAGAUCAUCAAGUCCAGCCCAUGUUCCAACUGUUCAACGAGAUCAUGGCAGCAAGUGCCACAUCCAGUCUUUUUUUGAACUCUUCAAGGGAUGGUGACUCCACCACCUCACUGGGAGAGACCGACCCCAGCUCAGCACAGCCACCCUUCAGGAGAGACCGACCCCAGCUCACCAUGGCCACCCUUCAGGAGAGACCGACCCCAGCUCACCAUGGCCACCCUUCAGGAGAGCCCGACCCCAGCUCAGCACAGGCACCCUUCAGGAGAGACCGACCCCAGCUCAGCACAGCCACCCUUCAGGAGAGACCGACCCCAGCUCAGCACAGCCACCCUUCAGGAGAGACCGACCCCAGCUCACCAUGGCCACCCUUCAGGAGAGACCGACCCCAGCUCAGCACAGGCACCCUUCAGGAGAGACCGACCCCAGCUCACCAUGGCCACCCUUCAGGAGAGACCGACCCCAGCUCAGCAUGGCCACCCUUCAGGAGAGACCGACCCCAGCUCACCAUGGCCACCCUUCAGGAGAGACCGACCCCAGCUCACCAUGGCCACCCUUCAGGAGAGACUGACCCCAGCUCACCAUGGCCACCCUUCAGGAGAGACUGACCCCAGCUCACCAUGGCCACCCUUCAGGAGAGACCGACCCCAGCUCAGCACAGCCAACCUUCAGGAAGUUGUAGAGAGCGAUGAGGUCGCCCCUGAGUCUCCUUUUCUCCAGGCUGAACAACCCCAGCUCCCUCAGUCUCUCUUCACAUGGCUUGUGUUCCAAGCCCCUCACCAGCCUCGUUGCCCUCCUCUGGACACGCUCAAGCAUCUCAACGUCCCUCCUAAACUGAGGGCCCAGAACUGGAUGCAAUACUCCAGGUGUGCCCUCACCAGUGCCGAGUACAGGGGCAGAAUGACCUCCCUGCUCCUGCUGGCCACUCCAUUCCUGAUACUGGCCAGGAUGGCAUUGGCCCUCUUGGCCACCUGGGCACACUGCUGGCUCACAUUCAAUCGACUGUCACCAGCACCCCCAGGUCCCUUUCCACCUGAGCACUGUCCAGCCACACCAUCCCCAGCUUGUAUCGGUGCAGAAAUUCCACAUCAGGGAAAAAUUCCUGCCUGGAAAGGAGGGGGAGCUUCAGGAAUUGCCAGAGUUGGGGAAUCCCUGGGAAUGCCCAAGGGGAGCGUGGGAGAACGGAACUGCUGCUCGUGGAAUCCUUCGGGAUCGUUCUGGAAUUCUGGGAUCAAAGUGCUUGGGCUGUGCUUUGCUCCAUGGGAAUCUGGGAAUGCCCAGGAUCCAAUUUUUCCCAUUAAAUUCUGAUUUUCUGGGAAUAUUCAAAGUGCAUUCCCUACAAUUUCUCUUUAGUUUUCUCCUUUUUUAA